AGGCCAUUUGUGAAGUUGGUCUUGUGUUAGAAAGACGCGUUUCUGUGCAUCUCUUCACUGUGAGAUUUCCCAUUGAAUUUUUUGCCCAACAAAUCUUUCCGUGUCGAUUUUACUCAAGUCGCGCGACUCGAAAUCUCUGCCGGUGAAGAAAUCGCGAUAUUUUGCCGGGAUAAGAGAAAAGAGCGGAAAACUGACAAAAAAAAUUCCGUGGUGAUUCUGAGACUCGCUGGAUUUUUUUCUACAACAUUUUUUCUCUCUCUGCAUUUUGUGAAGGGAGAAGCAAAAAAAGGAGAGUUUUUCUGGGUGCAUUCAAGUUGAAAUUAUAUUUGAGUGUAAAAUACCGGCCAUAUUGGUACUUUGGAGAGUUUUUAGGGGCGACUUUUCUCAGUAAUAAAUAAGUAUAGUUGUGUGCGUUUCCUGAAGGGAGAGAUUUAACACUGUGUGUGAACACGAAAAACGACGCCACCGGGUUUUUAAUUCUACCGCAAAGGCAGGCAGAAGAGCGUCGUGCAGAAAGCCGAGGAGUGUGCUGAAGAGAGACGCCGAUUUGCAGAGUUUGAUUGUGAAAAAGAGGGAAAAGUGUGAAGAUGGCCGGAGAAGUUGAUAACAAGCAGAACCCAGUGGUGGAGGAGACGGCGCCCGUGGAGAAGAAGGAGGAGACCGCGGCCGGCGCGGCGGCGGAGGAACAGAAAGCGGAGGGCGGUGGCCAGAACAACGCCGACAAUCAUACGGAGGCGGCCGCGGCCAAGCCCGAGCCGCCGGUCAAGUACAGCGUGCAUAAGGCCAACUUCGACAAGGAUGUGGUGUAUCUGUACCAGUUCUCCAGGACACCGUUGCUGCCAUCAUUGUCCCCGUACUGUCUCAAAGUCGAGACAUGGCUGCGUCUGGCUGCUCUCAAAUACGAGAAUGUGGAUCACAAGACGAAGUUCCGCUCCAAGAAGGGCCUCCUUCCGUUUAUCGAGCUAAACGGCGAAGAGGUCGCCGACUCGGCCAUCAUCAUCAAGGAGCUGACACAGAAGUUCAACCAGGACAUCGACGCCGGCUUGACACAGGAGCAGAAGAACAUCGCUCACGCCACAGUCUCGAUGAUUGAGAACCACCUCGUGUGGGUGCUGUUCUGGUGGCGGACCAAAUUCCCCGAACUCGUGCUCAAGGGCUACAAAGUGAAUCUGCAGCACGCGCUGGGGACGCGCAUUCCCAACGGCAUCCUCAACUUCUUCUUCAAGUUCUCCUAUGGACGCAAGUGGUUCCAGGGUUCGAAGAAAGUCAAAGCCCAAGGAAUGGGUGUGCACAAACCGGAGGAGAUCGAGGAGUUCGGCAAGCACGACCUCAAGGUGCUCUCUGACAUGCUCGCGGACAAGCCAUUCUUCUUCGGAGACGAGCCAACAACUCUCGAUGUGGUGUCAUUUGCCGUCCUCUCGCAACUCCACUUCAUCUCGAAAGACGUGAAUUUGCCACUGCGGGACUUCAUGUCGGCCUCGUGCCCCAAUCUCGUGGGCCACGUUUCGCGAAUGAAGGAGCGCUGCUUCCCCGACUGGGAUGAGAUCUGCACCAAACUGGACUUGAACGCACAUCUACCAAAGCCAGAACCCGAGGCUAAGGAAGGCAAGGAAGGUGAAACUGAGAAGAAAACCGAGCAGGAGAGCGCAGAAACCGAGAAGAUCGAGAAGGAGCUAGAAAAGGACAAAUCCGACGAGAAGACGGAAAAGGUGGAGGAGAACAAAGAGAAGGAGGAGUCAAAGUAAAUGCGAGGAUGUCGUGAAGAAACGCACAAACAUGGUUUUUCUUAUUAACAUUUUUAAUUAUUACUGUAGAAGAAGAAUGACGAAGUGAAUUGAAGGCGGAGCAUUAGAUGAUUGAAUUAGGCAAAUGCUUAAGCGAGGAGGGUUUGAUAAUCCAUAACUAGAGAUGAUUCCAAAACUGAAGAAGAGUAAUUUUUUUGAUCUUCUUUUCCCAUACAGUGGAAAAGUCGAUACUCUGGAGAGGUUCUACAUAUUAAUGAAAUGAAACAAAAUGGCAAUUUAAAUAAUAAUGAGCGAAAUACAUAGAAAUAGUGCGUUAGGAAACAAAAUAUUCUCAUGACAACACAUUUUUUUCUGUGGAAUUAUAUAGAAAUUAUUUUAUAUAUUUUUAUUAUAUAUAUUAUUUUGUAUAGAAUGUAACACAGAAUUUUUUUUUCAACAUAAGUAAUAAAGAAAAACCGCCCUUUAUAUACUUUUUUUUUGCAAUGAAUACAGUUUCUAUGAGCUAAGAAAAAUGUAAUUUACAAAACAGAAAUAUGAAAACUUGCUGUAAAAUUGUAUUCACAACUCGACCAUAAGGAUUUUUUCAUGAUAAUUUAAGGAUUUUCAAUUUUUUUUUCGUAUUGCACACAAAUCAUCUGACAAAUGAGUUUUUUUUUGUAACGUUUUGUAAUACUUUUUCUCUCGUUUUUUUUUUAAUGUCUUUUCCGAUUUAUAAGUAAAAAUGUAUAGAAAAAUAUUCACAUAAAAUCUGACAUUUAAAAUCUUCUAUAGAAAUUGAUCUUCUUUUUUGUGUAAUAGAAAUAGUGAAUGAAAAAAAAAGAAAUCAUUGACGAGAUUUUUUCUUAUUAAGCUGUAAUUGAUGAACAAAUUUUUAAUAAAGACUUGAUUUUGAAAGGUUUUAUUUUUUUGUUUCUUUGGGAUCUUUGAUUUUACUUUCUAUUCAUUCAACACCGCAUAAAAAUCGAAAAUACCAAAAAAUCAAGUCUGUUUUUUUCGGGGAAAACAAGAGAAAAAAAUCACUGCCAAAUGGUUUUUGACAAAGUUUUUCUACAAAAGUAACUUUACACAGAGCAAAAUGAAAACCAUAGAAAUUAGCAAACUUUGCGGGAAGGAAGCUCAAAGAAUUUGCGUGAAAAGCACCGAGAAAGUCAUUCUCUCAAGUUUGUUUGCUAUGAUUUUCUCCUACGGUUUAUACGCAAACGUCCCACUGAAAGACAUGUGAGACAUUUGAGGAAUUAAAGGAUUAAAAGAGAAGGAUAAACCUUUGGAAGUAGACUUACAAUUUAGAUCAAGUGAAUAGGAAACAAGAAGCUCUGUUUUUUUUUAAAUAGUAAACCAAACACACACAAGUGAAAGAUGUUUGAGAAAAUCAAAAAAAAUGCGUAAAAUAUAAUAUUAAACAAAUAAAGAAAUACUCUCAAGAUUAAAAUGAAAAAAAUGGAAAAUAUUACUAGAGACUCGUUUUUCUAAUGGAAAAAAAAAUUUGAAUAUAAACUAAACACUAUAAGAAGAAGUAGGAAAGGAUUAUGAAAGAGUGACAUUUAGUGACGAAGGAAAUAGAAACUAUAAAAUGGACGCGAGGAAAACAGUGAGUUUUGUUUUCUGAAAACAAAACUCCACGCCGCCAUAUUUGAAGGGGAAUUUGUUCAUUUCCUUCCGCGCGCACGGAAGCAUUGAAGAUCGUGCAGGAAGGCGAAUAUAAGUUGAGAAGCGCUGAAGUAAUGCAAGGAUUAAAAAAAAACGAAAUGUUGGAAAUUUGUUUACAUGAGAGAAAGUGAAGAGAUAAAAAAAUGAUAUAAUGUGUAUUUUUAAAAAUAUAUUAUAUUGAAACUUGUUUAAAAAAAAGAGGAUUAAAUUUACGAACAAAAAUUGGUGGGUAUUUUGAAAAAAAAGAGGAUAAAAGUGGAAAAAAUAUUUGUAAAAUUGUUUUCUCUCUUUUUUUUGUGGAAAAAAAAACUUGAAUUAAGGCGAGAGAUUGUGAAACUUUUGCAUUAUUUUUGCUCAAGACAAAGAAUUUUGCUAGAAAAAAAGAAAUUUCGUAUUGAAUGUCAAAAUUAAGACCCAUUUUUUCCCCCCAUAUUUUCCCUCCCACGCGAUUGAGAUGAGGAAGAAGAUGGAGAGAAAACACCAAAAUUCCCCCUUUUCUAAAUGUGUUUUUUGCGACUAAGAAUCUUUGUGGGAUUGACGAUGAUGAUGAUGAUGAUGAUGAUAGAAAAUGCCAAAAAGAGAUGUUGUGACGAUAAUUGAGCAAAAAUAAUCAACAAAAUAUUUGCAGUAAAACUAGAAGACGAUCAGAACAACUUUGCUAUGAAAGAAAAACAAAACGGCAUGACAAGCUAUGACGGAAAGGUAAAUAAAAUUAUUGGUAAAUGAAGUAAAAGAGAUGGGAUAAAUAAAGAAUUAGUAGGUAAAUUUUUGGAACUAUAUAUACAUAUUGAUAAAUGAACUAAAGUAAAUUGAUAGACACGUAAAAGUUUAAUCCAUUUUAAAUGUUUCAUACACUUAUACAAUUAUAUUGGGACGAUGUGGAAGGAAAAAGGAUAUUACAAUUGUGGAUGAUAUCAUAGAAAAAUAUUAAUUUCUUUGCAAUGUUUUAUUUUCAUUGAUUGAUUGGAUGAGAAAUAAGAGAGGCAAUUGACCAGCGGAUAUGAUUUUUCUCACUGUAUUUUUUUUAGUGACUCUUUUUCGCUGGCAAAAGACAAGAGGAUGAAAAGAAAAGAAAGGAAGCCAAGUCGACGAGAGAUUCAGUAAGAAACACACAAAAAAAAGUAUAGAUUAAGUGUGAGCUUGAAUAUGAUAAUUAUUAAUUAAACAACCCAGAAAAUAUAAAUGUAACCUGUAUUACAUGGAAUAUUGUCAAUAAAAGAAAAUUUCUUGAA